AAAUGAGAUUCCCAUGAUCCGCUAGAAGGCGUGACUGACAGCCGAGCAAGAUGGCCGAUUUCGGUGAACCCAUCUCCGAUCAAGAGAAGAUAAACAUAACAACAAACUUCAUUCUUCAUGCCCCUCCUGGAGAAUUUAAUGAAGUCUUUAAUGAUGUGAGGAUUCUGCUGAAUGAUGAUAAUUUGCUGAAGGAAGGAGGAUCAGGAGCCUUUGCUCAGUACAACAAGGACCAAUUUACACCAUGUAAAGUAGAGGAUUCAGAGGAACAGGUUUUAAUAUCUGAUCAUGGUGAUGUAGGUAAUGGUAGAUUUGUGGAUCCAAGAAACAAGAAAUCAUUCAGGUAUGACCAUUUGAAAAAAGAGGCAUCCGACUAUCAAGACGUUGAAGUCGACCGAACAGUGGAGCCUUGGAGGUCAGCAAUAGAGACUGCACUGUCCGCUUACAGAGAUCAACAUUACAAAUAUGGUGUGGUCAGUGUCUACGGAAGUGCACAAGGAGGAAGCAUAACCAUUAUAGCCUGUAUAGAGAGUCAUCAGUUCCAGCCGAAAAAUUUCUGGAAUGGUAGAUGGCGGUCCCAGUGGUCCUUGACCUUUCCUAGCUCUGGGGGUAAAGUUGACCUCACAGGGGUAUUUAAAGUUCAGGUACACUAUUACGAAGAUGGUAAUGUACAACUAGUGAGCUCAAAGGAGGUUAAGAAGACGUUAAACGUGACGAAUGAACAACAAACAGCCAAGGAUUUUAUAAAUUUGGUCCGAGACUCAGAACAGGAAUAUCAGAACGCCAUAGGUGAAAACUACCAGACGAUGUCGGAUACAACAUUCAAAGCUCUUCGGAGACAGCUACCUGUAACAAGGGCAAAAAUAGACUGGAACAAAAUAGUUGGAUAUCAAAUAGGAAGCCAAAUAUCCAAGAACAAGGCAUGAGACCUGUGAGCUUCUGUGGUCUGAUAUGUGCUUAGUGGAAACAAAAAUGGCUGAACAAAAGGGACAGGACUGCGAGGACGUCAGCUGUAUAUCAAGGCUUGCCAGACAGAGAAAUGGAGGUUACACUGGUAUGUCAGGAUCCUGGCCGUGGGCGCACGAAAACCUUUCCGAAUCGUUUAGAUAAUUGGCAAGACCAGCUUACUCGAGAAUUCUUCACUACUGUGAUAUUUAAUUUGUACUGAUUCUUCAUGAAUGCAUAUUUGUAUUACAUAAGCAAUGUCGCCCUAAAAAAUAUCCUAUCUAAGAAUGACUGGAACAGAAUGAUGUUAAGAUUUAUUCACUUUUUGGGAAUUUAUUUAUCGUUUAGGGACAACUAUGGAUAAAAGUUGAACAAAUUUGCACUGUUGAUAAUUUUACGAUAUGAUGUCUGGGCAUAUGAUGCAACUCAAGUGCAAUUUAUAGGAUUUAAUGUCAUUUACACACAUAUUAUACAGAGCAUUAAAUCUUGGAGAAUUUCAAUUAAAAGUCAUUUGAAAUUAGAAUGCCAUUAAAUCUUGGAGAAUUUCUAUUAAAAGUCAUUUGAAAUUAGAAUGCCCUCUCAAACCAGAUGAGGGUACGUCUGUUUCAAUUAAUCUUGCUUACAAAUUGAUAAAGAUACUUUAUUUUCUUCUUUUUUGGAGACCUCUCCUUCAGAUGAACACUAUGUAAUUUUUGUUUAACGUUUGACCCUUUAACUUUAGCUAACCUUAAUACCCUCCGUGACUUGAACUUUAGCUAUAACCUUAAUACCCACUAGUGAGCACUUGUUUGAUUUUAUUCAGCCUUUGCUCUUUAAUUUAAUAAUUAGUAUUUACACUAUCCAAACUCAUUCUUUGAGAUUAAUUUUCAUUUCCUUAAAAGUGUUUCCACAUAAACGUUUCUGUGUUGAGUUCUUUCUAACACAGCGACGUGUUGACUAUGUACAGAUAUAAUCUAGAUACAAUCAUUUUUGAUAGGCCAGGCAAUGUAUAGUGUGAAUCUUGCUGUUUCCUGUACAAGGUCAGAGGGCAAAGACGUCAAAUUCAAAUUUAACUUCAAAUUUGACUGUUAAAAAUCAUACAGAAAGUUAUGAUAUGCAAGUUAUUUCUGUCAAAACAAAAUGGUGCGUUGAGAGAAACAGAUUUGUGCUGCUCCAAAUUAUUGUAAUAUAUAUGAAUGAAUUGAUAAUCACAACUUCAUACUUCGAAAUCCUGUAUUCUAUUCUUUUAUGUAAAAAAAUAAAUCUAUUUAAAAUGACAAAACAAUCUGUUCUCACUUGUGCUGCUUAAAUUAUCCAAAAUAUAUCAGGAAAUUUUGUCAGUAUUCAAUUAUCAUAUACAUUGAAAUUUAUUUUAAGGUUUAAAAUCCAUGUUUAAAAACUUUUGUAACAGUACUAGUGUGAGUAUAGGACACCGGCCAGACUAUUAAUUUGUCUCCAGAAUUUUUUAUAGUGGAAUCUUUUUAGUACAGACAGCUUUUUCAGAUGCUAGUUUUAAAUCAUAUCAAUUACAAAAUAACGGAGAAGAACCAGCUGAAUUUAUCUGUCAGAAAUCUUCAGAUUUUCUGCACUAACAAGAUUCACCUGUAUUAAAUUAAUAUGUUUGUACUAGAUUGAUUACUCUUACCAGAUUACUCUGCAUGUUAAUCCAAAUCUAAUUAUAUAAAAAGAAAAAGAUAUAUUGUACAAACUGCUAUUUUUGUAUGUUUUGUUUUAAAGGAACGAGACCUUAGUAAAGACACUUAAUGACUACUCGACUCGUUACCUUAAUAGGUGUCAUUAUUGUUUAAUUACCAAAUAUGGAACAGGUUCCUCUCUACCUGUAUCCUGUUGAAAUUUCCCCUUGCAUGCAGUACAAAAUAUCAUUCCAGAUCUAUUAACACAGGUAUUUAAGGACUUAUAUCUCAAGUUAAUAUGUUGCCAGAAUAUAGGAUAUAUUUUCUCAUCACUAGUACGUAACAUGAAAACCAACACGGGGUCCCCGUCUAUAUGAAAGUUUGAUGUGUAUUGAAUCAUGGCACAUUUCUGAUCAGGGACGGUUUAUUCAAAGCAUCCAUAGCUAAUACCUAUAAACAAAGAAUGUUUACUCCAUGUAGAGCUAAGUGUUAAUCAGGAUAUAAGAGACAAUUUAAAAUGUUGAAUAUAUAAAAAUAUUAAAGUUAUCUUUUUUUGUAUACAUCAAUAUUUUCAUUUGGGUCAUGAAUAAUCUCCCUUGCAUUGACAAAAACAAAGCGGUAAAAUAUUAAAAGGUUUUUAUGCUGAUUUUCAGAGAGACUGAUUUCACUGUAUUAACUGAGGGUAUUUUAAACAUUUUGUCCCUUCAUGUAUGUAUUGUUGACUAGCAGUUAGACGACUGUUUAGUGGGUAUGAGUUUAUUUAGAUGUAUAUGUCGGUGGUAAUCUCGUUCACCAUUGUGGAGUGACGAGACGACGGCUGAGAGAGAAACCUAUACUUGCCACGCGUGGUUAGAUGUUUAUGCCUGGCAUGCAGGUUGAACAGGUUAAACAGAAUUAGUUAAGUACUACUCAUGUUCUUGCUGGGCAAUUAGUCUUCGUUUUAUGGCAAUUAGUAAUUGUACUAUCAUAAAAUCGGUUUGUGAAUGGCGUUCUUUUAUGUUUAAAUUUUUGCAACAUCGAACACAUUACGCAAAAUUAGUUCUAAAGACAGCACUAUCACAAUUUGUAAAUUAAAAUCCGAAUUUGUCUCUGAAAUGCCAUCAUUUGAUUUACAAUUUAAUAAUACCUCAGUUAUGAUGUAGAAUGGGAAUAUGUAAUUUUCUUUAAUAUGGAUGCAGUUAAAUCUUGAUUUGUUUUAAUGCUAUUUCGUUUGACACUUUACUGGCUGUAUGUAAGAACAUGAAGUCAGCUAUUUGGAUUUAUUUAAUAACUUUGGCUAAAAACAAUUCUGCGAUGACAUACCUGCUAGUACUAACUACACAUUAAACUAGGGGAGAGUAAGAGGCAUUCACUCAAGUGGUGGUAAUUACUGUUAUUAGGUCUGUAAAGGAUACCUAGUGUAUUUAAGACUUCAGCAAUGUAAAUCUUUUUAAUAAAUAUACAACAAAAUAUAUCUUG